AUGGCGCGCGGCGACGGUGACGCGCUGCAGCGGCUGUCCAAGGAGCAGGCAGGGCCCAGACAGGAUCGUGCGGCCACCGAGUCGCAGCAGCUACUGGACACUCUGCGAGAAGGCUAUGCCGCGCGGGGAGCUGGCUGGCUGCGCCAGGAGCUCACCAAGCGGACCGCCGUGCAGCUGCGACAGCUUGCUGGCGCCGCGGACGUGCAGCAAUACGAAGCUGGACGCAACCUGCCCAAAGCGGAGCUGCUAGAGAAGGUGGCGCAGCACAUUUCCGAGAAGCAGGAUCCUGUGGCCUCCGAGUCGCAGCAGCUGCUGGACACUCUGCGAGAAGGCUUUGCCGCACGGGGAGCUGGCUGGCUGCGCGAGGAGCUCGCCAAGCAGACCGCCGUGCAGCUGCGACAGCUUGCUGGCACUGCGGGCGUGCAGCAACGUGAAGCUGGACGCAACCUGCCCAAAGCGGAGCUGCUAGAGAAGGUGGCGCAGCACGUUUCCCAGGAGCAGGAUCCUGCGGCCACCGAGUCGCAGCAGCUGCUGGACUCUAUGCGAGAAGGCUUUGCCGCACGGGGAGCUGGCUGGCUGCGCGAGGAGCUCACCAAGCGGACCCGCGCGCAGCUGCGACAGCUUGCUGGCGCCGCGGGCCUGCAGCAAUACGAAGCUGGACGCAACGCGUCCAAAGCGGAGCUGCUAGAGAAGGUGGCGCAGCACGUUUCCCAGGAGCAGGAUCCUGCGGCCACCGAUCCUGCGACCACCGAGUCGCAGCAGCUGCUGGACUCUGUGCGAGAAGGCUUUGCCGCGCGGGGAGCUGGCUGGCUGCGCGAGGAGCUCGCCAAGCAGACCGCCGUGCAGCUGCGACAGCUUGCUGGCACCGCAGGCGUGCAGCAAUACGAAGCUGGACGCAACGCGUCCAAAGCGGAGCUGCUAGAGAAGGUGGCGCAGCACGUUUCCGAGGAGCAGGAUACUGCGGGGCGUGCCAGCGCCGACGACCGCGUUACCGCAGAUGGCUUGCGGCAGUUGGCAGCGGCGCUGGGCGACGGGGCGGCCCCGAGUCUUCGGGCCCGACUUCGUGGAGUUCCACUGCGCAAUGCUGAGCCGUGUUUACAAGGAUUGGCUAUGGAGCUGGGCGUCCCGUUCGAGAAUAUCACCAGGGACACAUUGGUUCAUAGGAUUGUCAUGGCUUUGUGCCCGCUGGCUGCUCCAGGCGCUCAAGCGGACAUCAAGUACCACGUAUGGCGAUUGCUUCGCAAGCUGCGUGAUGCCCGAGCAGAAACUGCUGAAGCUGUGGCUGCUGCUGCGCGGGACAUCGUCGAGUCCUCGAACUUGUGCAGGGCUGCGGCGGCGUACUGUUUGGAUGUCACCGUGGAGGUCAUUGCCCGCAGGCACUGCUCUGCUGCUGAAGAGGCGCGGAUACUCGUCACAAGAGUUGUCAGCGCGUUGCAGCAGUGGCCUGCAGUGGAGGCUGCGCUGGCCUCGCAGGUCGCUGUCACGUGGGAAGACGCUGUGGCUAGCUUGCAGGUCGUGGCGACUCCUGGCCUGUGUGUUCCUUUGCAGCACGCGCUGCUGGCUGCCGUUUUGGACGCUCGCGGCUGGUGGCGGCUGGCAGACUGCCAGGAGAGGGCAGACCCUGUCGACGUGGCCUCGCGUCUUUGCUUUCUGGCCGAGUUGGACGAAGAGCCGCCUGCUGCUGACACCGACGGCUACGAAGAUCGCAAGGAUGUUUUGGAGGCGGUCCUGUGCAUGCUGAAGCACAAGUACCGGUCCCGCAAGUUCGACGAAGGCGACACUGCGCUGCUGCGGGCUCUGAUGCGCCGGUAUGGUUGGGACCGACGCUCGGAGCAGGGAGGAACUUGCAGAUGGUCCCAGACCUUCAAAGACGUGCGGAAGUCGGAAGAUUGGUCAGCGUUUGCCUGGUUCUUGGCGGUGGAGCUACUACAUCCUCUGGCUAGCAUUGGCGUUCGUGACCUGCACAGCCCCAUUGCGGUCGCCGAGGCAAGGGGCGGCGAGGACGGCAUCGACGCUGACGUGCGUCAGCUGCGGGAUGACCUGAUAGCUUGGCAAGUGGUCGAGGGCUGCUCCCGCAUCCCGUCCUCGGAGGAGCAUCCGCAGCUGGCCAAGCGUGUUGAGAGGCACCAGACGAGCGGUGCCAGCGCCCGCCUCAAGGCCUUGAAGAAAGCCUAUCCGCCGGACUUUGCUCCGCUGGCAGCUUUUGCCCUGGAUUGCCUCGCGGAGGGCGCAGACUCGCAAGCAGGCGUUCUUUGGCGCUCCGCAGCGGAGCGGGCAUUGGUCUUCGGCAUCCCGCCUGCGCGGCGACCAUCCCGUGCUUC